UCCCCCGGCGGCAGACAGGAGACAACAGGAGGGAAAGGCAGUGUGUGAUGAGUUUGUCAAGAAGAAAGGAAUGGAAGGAGGGAAAGCCUACAAGUCCACAUUCACAUGUGCCUUGGCGAGCGCGCUAGUGAUGCGCAUGCGCAAAAGAAGACCCUGAUUGGCUUGUGGGACGGUCUCAACGUCCUGUCCCAACCAAUCCACAUGCGCCGGGGGUGGGGCCUGGCUCUCACUGGCUGGUGCAGCCUUUGCGCGCCGGUUUUGUUGCCCCGCGGCAUUCGCCGGAGUUCUUCGCUUUAGUGCCGGCGCUAUGGGGUCGGAGCUGAUCGGGCGCCUAGCCCCGCGCCUGGGCCUUGCCCAGCCGGACAUGCUGAGGAAAGCAGAGGAGUACUUGCGCCUGUCCCGGGUGAAAUGUGUCGGCCUCUCCGCGCGCACCACGGAGACCAGCAGUGCAGUCAUGUGCCUGGACCUUGCAGCUUCCUGGAUGAAGUGUCCCUUGGACAGGGGUUAUUUAAUUAAACUUUCUGGUUUGAACAAGAAGACAUAUCAGAGCUGUCUUAAAUCGUUUGAGUGUUUACUAGGCCUGAAUUCAAAUAUUGGAAUAAGAGACCUAGCUGUACAGUUUAGCUGUACAGAAGCAGUGAAUAUGGCUUCAAAGAUACUAAAAAGCUAUGAGUCCAGUCUUCCCCAGACACAGCAAGUAGAUCUUGACUUAUCCAGGCCACUUUUCACUUCUGCUGCACUGCUUUCAGCAUGCAAGAUUCUAAAGCUGAAAGUGGAUAAAAACAAAAUGGUAGCCACAUCCGGUGUAAAAAAAGCUAUAUUUGAUCGACUGUGUAAACAACUAGAGAAGAUUGGACAGCAGGUCGACGGAGAACCUGGAGAUUUAGCUGCUCCACCACGGAAGAAAAAGAAGAUAGUGGUUGAAGCCCCAGCAAAGGAAAUGGAGAAGGUAGAGGAGAUGCCACAUAAACCACAGAAAGAUGAAGAUCUGACACAGGAUUAUGAAGAAUGGAAAAGAAAAAUUUUGGAAAAUGCUGCCAAUGCUCAAAAGGCUACAGCAGAGUAAUUUCAGCUUCCAGACUGGUAUGCAUUCCAAACUGAUAGUACAUUGCCACCUCCAGGAAGACUUGAGAGCUUUGGGAUUUUGUUUAAACUUUUAUAACAAGGAUCCUAAGACUAUUGCCUUAAUAGCAAAGCAGCCUACCCGGAGGCUAAGUCUGGGCGGUGGGCUGGUCCCUGGUGUGGGCAUUAUACCAACCACAGUGCCUGAUUGGUAUAGCCUCAUGCACUCUCCUACAAAAUGGAAUUGGAGGCCGGGUGCAGUGGCUCAUGCCUGUAAUCCCAGCACUUUGGGAGGCCGAGGUGAGUGGAGCUCGAGACCAGCCUGGCCAACGUGGUGAAACCCCGUCUCUACUAAAAA